AUGGAGAAUCUCGAGGAAUUACAACUAAAAGUGGAAGAGUUACUUUAUAAAAACGAUGUGGAUGUGUUAUUGCAAGCGGCCGAGAAGUUAAAGUAUGAAAAGAUCGAAGAAUUGAAAGAAAAGUCGAGGGGUCAGAUAAUAAAUUUAGUACGGAGAUGGCUUCAAGAAAUUGUCGAAGGAAUUGAAAGCCCGACGGCGAAAAAUCAACUUUUGAACGAUGUUGUUUUAACGCUUGGUGGCUCUCCUGAAUUAUCGCCAGUAAAUGAGAAAGGAGAAUUGUCAAAGUUGCAACAGGAAUAUGAACAGUUAAAAAGCCAACAAGAGAAACAAUUGUUAGAAAUGCAAGCGAAGAUAGAUAAAUUGGAAAUCGGAGUUAAUGAUAAAUCUGCCAAAGUCAAAGUAAACAGUAGUGAAAACGCAUCAGUGAUUGAAGUGCCUUCAAGUACCCGGGCGUUGUUGAGAAGAGACUUUAAGAUAUCGGGGCAGAUUGGAGAACCAGGACAAGCAGAAAAACUGACAUAUAUCUCUCUCAAUCACCAGAUUGAAUCAGGGCUCAAACGAAAAUACACUGAGGAUGAAAUUGUCGAUGCAGUAAUCCGAGCUAUUUCACCACACACAAGCCUCCGUAGUUACAUUGAGACAAUGCCAGAACUUGGUCUUCCCCAACUACGAAAGAUCUUAAGGAUCCAUUAUUGCGAGAAGACAGCUUCAGAAUUGUACCAGCAACUAACUACAAUGUGCCAGAAACCCAAAGAAAGUGUGCAACAGUUCUUGUUAAGAAUUAUGGAUGCAAGAAAUAAAGUUGUUUUUGCUAGUAAGGAAGCAGACACUGAUUUCAACUAUGGUAGCCAGUUAAUCCAGAAUACUUUUCUGAAAGCUUUAGAAACUGGAAUUCGUGAUGAGUAUCUGACAACUA